UUUGGCUCCGUCAGGAUGUUUCCAUUAUCUCUUCCUGGAUACUUCUCAGGAAUGUAGGUCAUAAACAGAAACAUAUGUACGUGGCAAAAUAUGACCGGGGAAUACCAUUGAUCAAGAGAAUGGCAGCCACCAGUGUAUUUCUUUCUAUAUGUCUAGGACUUGGCGUAGUUUUUGGCGGCUUCACGGUGAUCAACAUGGAUACAGGGCCCACUGAAAUCUUCUCUCUCGGGAAAAGCAGAGACAUUGAGAGCACCUUGGUGUUUCACAAAGAUGCAAGUGACGCCCGCUUGAUGUUUGAGUUCCUGCUGGGCGGCCUCAAGAUUGAUGCCAAUCACGUCAUCUCGCUGCAGGAUGAGGAGCUGGCAUCUAUGGAGCGUGGUCGAUCCUUCACUGCACUCAUGAAUGACUACGUGCCAAAGAGCCAAGCUGCCCUCCAGGAUUUGGGGAUGGAGGUGAGUCUCGAGGUGUUCCCCCUGAAUAUGCACAAAUUUGAGCAGCUGCUACUGGGAACUGUCUACUCUGCCUACCAGCUACACUUGAGCCACACGGAGGAGGAGAAGCAGGCCUGGGUGGGCAUCUUUGUCCAACUGGCGAAUGCAACUCUUCUGGACUUAAAAAGGAAAUCUCCACACUGAGCUGGAGAAUAAUGGCAGAAUCCUUAGCAUUGCGCCAUUUAUUGUCCUUUAGCUUGCCUAUAGCAGGGUUAUGAGUUUCUUCCUGGAUGUCUGUCAAAAAAUUGUCAACUCAGACUGGAGCCUCAUUGCAAUCAUAUUAAUUUUCUCCUUUCACUAAUAGAUUAGUGAACUGCCCCUUGGACCAAGAUGCAAUGUGGUGGAUGAUUUUGUAUCGGGUGCCAUUUACCAAAGGGUGUACUCUGUUUAUCUUAUUUCAAUUGUUAUUUUGUCUAUAUUUUUAAGAUGCCAAAUGUAAAAACACUAUAUUUACAGAAUGUAACAAUGUCUUUUUUCAGAUGUUUGUUUUUUUGCCUGCCAGAAUGGUAAAGAUCAAGCGUAUGUGAAAAAUCACACACUUAAAUAGCCAAUAGGCAAAUAACUAGCUUAUACAACAAAUACUUGCUUAUAUGUCAAAUAUCUAUUUUAUAUAAUAAAUGUCACACUUUAUGUGACCAAUUGUAUCUCAAAUGCGUAAGUUGUCUUGGAUAAAGGAGUCAGCCAAUUAAAUAUUAAUAAUAGGGAUGUCAUCAGAUAUCCAGGUUACCUUCAGUCGACACGGCAAAUAUCAACCUUAAAUGUAAAAAAAAGUCUGAAUUAGCAUAAGCGAACCUAAUUUGGGAUAUUCAUAAGAAAUGUAACAAUUUAUUUCAUGAGGUAGAAAUACAUAAUAAACAAGAAUGGUUUCAUCAAAUAUUUGACAUAUUAAUGUGUUUUUCAAUUUAAAUGUUUAAAGUCUAAGUAUUCUCAAUUCUAAUAGAUUUUGUCAGAUUUCACCCUCCAAUAGAAGUCUAUAGAGCAAUAGAUCCCUAGUAAAGGAUAAAAAAAAAAUUCAUAAUCACAGACAUUAAUAAUUUAAAAUGAUCCCCCACAUGCUUAUAUUUGAAAAUUGUCAUUAUUAACCUUCUGGGAGUGGCUCUUAGAGGGCUGGGACCACCGGUAAAGAAUAUCAGAAAUAUUAUAUUCAUGAUCAGCAACCUCAAAAUAGCAUAAAACGGCACUCCACGUGCCUAUAUUAUUGAUUACCAUUUUUUCAAUUAUUUUGUGAAAAGGAAUAACUUUGUGCCCUCGUAUUUUAUCGAGCCCCUGGGGUACAUUAAUGGGGCAUGCACAACUUCAAGUCCAUCUGGUCAGUUUUGCUGAAGAAAACUAUUGGCUUACUCUUCAUCAUAAGGGUGUAAUUUUCUGCACAGAAUAUGGCCUAAAAUGGCCUAAAAUAUUAGGAGUUUUCGGGUCUAGAGGGCAAAAAUGGAGGGAACCCUAAAAAGCUUGACCGGUUACAUAAUUAGUCAUUGAGGCAAGUUGAACAGUAUAUAUGUGUGAGGGUUUUCUUUACUGGUGAGUCUGGAGGUGCCAGACAAAAGAACUGCAGGGAUUUCAAAGCAUUCAAAAGUAAUUCUUGUAAUCACAAUACAGGUUAAAUCCUGUUAUAGUGAAUACCAAAGUAAUAAAAUUUUCAGAAUAACGAAUACUUUUUGUGGGCCCAGACAAACAUUCAAAGAGCAUCAUGUUAAACAAAUCUUGUUUUAACGAAAUGUAAAUCUCAGUAUUAUGAAAGUUUUUCCGAACAAAAAUGGCCAUCAAAGAUAAUAAUGCGAUGCAAAAAAUACUUAAUCCUGCUCCUAUACUUUCUGCUCCGUGUCUCGGUAGCCCUGCACCAGGUUGUCUCAAAGAGAGAGACAGUCUGUUGUGAAAUUUCCAGUCUCCAGCAGUCUGGGGCAGGCU